AUGAUACUCAUAUCGAACCCAGCUGUGUUCCGGGACGUCAUACAAUAUGAAGAGCGUCAUUUCGACUACACCUCCACCUACAAAGGCGAUGGAUCCUUGAACACCAACAAAAAGACUCUCAAUUUAAAUGGCCCACCGCGACCGGAAUACGAAAACGCCUGGCACCGAUUGAUGGCAUACCAGAGCUUUCGAGUAAGUGAAGAAGAGUUGGGUCAAUAUGCCGGACAAAAGAGUCUCGUGAAACUCUCCGACGACAGCGGUUACUACAUGGGAGUGUCAGUGCAACAUGCCCUCCACUGUGUCCAAAGGCUCCACCAUUAUGUCUAUCGUGAUCACUAUCAUCCCAAUCUCUCUGAAACAGAUAGUUUCGCACUUAAAGUGCACACAGAUCAUUGCUUGGAUUGGCUUAGGCAGUAUGUUCAGUGCAAUGCCGACACGACCCUAAUACCCAUUCGAUGGGCAGAACAUACCCCGACGCCGGUCGUGAAGGAUUGGGGAAAGAGAACUUGUGUGUCCUGGGAACCAAUCAUGGAGUUCAUGGCAGCUCGCUCGUUUGAUCCCUUCGAGCCUGGUCUCCUCGUGCAUCCCAUCUUCGGUACGUCUUCAAGAAGAUACAUUGGUGCAAUUGCUACGGAUUGUAAUUAA